AUUUCUGUACGAACUCUCUUUUACACAUACAAGUGUGCGUGAGAGAGAAAGGGCGGCCAGGUGCAUAUUUUGAUGCAGAUUAUCAGAGACGAUAGAAACAACAACUGAAAUCUGCUGUUUGUCAAUUGAUUUACAAACUGUAACGUACGACAAAUACAGUUAUAUGGAAAUGCUCGGAGGGGAUCUUUCAGCAGAAAUGGUAUGAAAGCAAUGGAGAUGACUGCAUUGUUGGAUUCCAUUUUCAAAUUAUUCCUUCAGAGCUUAUAGUAUUGGAGGAAUUGGUACAAAUAUCUACUCUGGGUGUUCAUUGGAUCUGUAAGGAGAGAUGGAUUCGAGAAUGGAUCGGUAUGAGAUCAUGGAGCAGAUAGGUCGUGGGGCCUUUGGAGCGGCCAUUCUUGUCAAUCAUAAGUUGGAGAAAAAGAAGUAUGUCCUAAAGAAGAUUCGUCUGGCUAGACAGACAGAACGUUGUAGGAGAUCUGCUCAUCAGGAGAUGGCUCUAAUUGCGCGGAUUAGACAUCCUUACAUUGUUGAAUUUAAAGAAGCUUGGGUUGAAAAGGGUUGUUAUGUAUGCAUUGUUACCGGAUACUGUGAAGGUGGAGAUAUGGCUGAAUUGAUGAAAAAAUCAAAUGGCCAGUAUUUCCCAGAAGAGAAACUACUGAAGUGGUACACUCAACUGUUAUUGGCGGUUGAAUAUUUGCAUGCCAAAUUCGUCUUACACCGCGACCUAAAAUGUUCCAACAUCUUCCUUACAAAAGAUCAAGAUGUCCGUCUUGGGGAUUUUGGACUUGCUAAAACUCUGAAGGCAGAUGACUUGACUUCAUCAGUAGUUGGAACUCCAAAUUACAUGUGCCCGGAACUGCUUGCUGAUAUUCCAUAUGGUUUCAAAUCUGAUAUAUGGUCCCUGGGUUGCUGUAUGUAUGAGAUGGCUGCUCAUCGACCUGCAUUUAAGGCAUUUGAUAUGGCUGGAUUGAUAAGCAAGAUAAACAGAUCAUCCUUCGGUCCAUUACCUUCUUGUUAUUCGCCCUCUUUGAAGGCGCUUAUAAAAAACCUGUUAAGAAAGAACCCAGGACAUCGGCCAAAUGCAUCAGAUAUCUUAAAGAAUCCAUAUCUGCAGCCUUAUGUCGAGCAAUAUCGAUCUACUUUUGUUCCCCCUACUUCUUUUACCCCAGAGAAGCCUCUAUCCAUUGCUCGUGGCAGUCGAAAAAACAUGGCUGAAAGCCAAGGGAGCAAUAGUUCUUGUAGUGAUAGAGAAAGCUUAGUUUCAAUUGAGAAAAACAACCCAUCAGCAUUAAGUGUUGAAGACAAAGGUACUGAUACAGAUUUGGCUUCUAUUGACGAUGAUGGUGACUGUGAUCAGCUUCUCCUAACUGAAGAGCAGAAUGGUUCUGAUUUGUGUACUGACAAAUCAGACGAACAAGACCAGAAACACUUCUAUGUACGUAGAUUUAAUGCUGAAUCUGGACGCCCUAAGAUUAUUAAAAGUAUCAUGAUGGCUCUGAAGGCAGGAAAAACUAGGGAAAACAGUUCUCCAUUGAGGGGUAGUCGUCUCAAGGCUGGAGGGGUUGGGAACCACAGAAUGAACCUUGAACCCUCUCCUCAAGUUCCCAAACCUUGCAUAGAGGCACCACCUUCUGCCCCUGCAAAGGCUGGCUCUGAUUCUGUGAAGCGGAUCCAGGGAUCACAUUCUCUCAAACAUCAGUUAGCUUUUGUUGACUCUUCUCCUAAGGUCAGACCAAGGCAUGAAGGGACGCAACCACCCUCUGGUUCAGUAAGUCAUGCAGCUGAUGCUGGGCUUACUCUAAAGCCAAGGCAAAAAACACCACCUAGUCUGACCAGUCAUCCGCCAAUUCAAGGAAGGAUGAAGCACAUAGGUGUCAACUCUCCUAGUCAUGUGAAGAUUAUUUCAGGUGAGUUGACAAAAAUUGCUGGGUCCAAUGGUCACAUUGUAUCAAAAUCUCACAAAAUCAUUUCCGGAGUAUCCAAAGGAAUGCAAACAGACAGUAGCAACUCUGUUUCAUCGUCCAUGUCAUUUCAAGCAUUUGAGCUCUCUGAUGAUGCAACGGGUCCUUUUAUUGCUGGAGGAGACGGCCAUGACAGUCAAUUACUUCCUCCUGAUCUUGAGACAGCAAUAUCUCCUGAGAUGGAAAACAGAAAAUCAACCAGUUUUUACGAUCCAUCCCUGGUGAAAAAUGAGAUGCAUGAUGAUAGUACUAUUAGUAGAGAGACAGAGGGACAUGAUAGAAUGUCUAUGGCUAAGGAAUCUGAAGCUCCUCAAAUUAUUGACCCUUGCUCAGAGAAACAAAACUUGGGAGAUCAUUUGGAGGUUGGAAGCCAGAUUUUAAUUGAUAUAUCUGCUGCUGAUAAGGGUGAUGAAAAUUCAAGGCGUAGCAGUAGUCAAGGGCAGUUGGAGGUCCCAAGACAGUGUUCAGAACAACAGUUGUCCGAUUCCAUAGGUCAUCAUCCAGAGGUUCCCUGCAAGAGUUCUGAAAUAGGUUCGCCUGAAUGCUGCAUGCUUAACACUGGACCUAUGGAAGUCUUAAAUAAUUCGUUGGAAAACAUAAUUGUUCAUUCGAACAGCAUUGGACCUGUGGAACCUCUAAUCCCAUCUGAAGGGGAAAGUGUAAAAAAGCCAGUCUUGACACCUCUUGACACAGCAACUUCCGACCUAGUGUCCCAGUUGAGCCUAUUAUCUACAUCUUCUCAAGGUGACGAUAAGUACACUGUGAAGGAACUAUUAUCAUCAGUUGAAAACAUUUCUUCUUCUUCCUCUUCUUCAUCAUCUGGCCACAAUAGUAGUUUCGUGCCAAAAAGAGGCACUGUCAUGCCAUCUUCUGCUGCUGCUCAUCUUCCACCAGCUUUUGAUGACGUCAUACAUGUUAUCAGGCAUAGUAGCUUCCGAGUUGGUAAUGAGCAGCAGAUAAUUACUGAAACCACAGACACAAGUGUGAAUGUGGGGACAACACUGAUAAAUGCUGUGAGGGAUGAAGGAAUGAUGGAGAUUAAAAAUGCAGAAAAUGAUGAGCAGUUGAGUAUAGAACAACAACCACCUUCCACUUCAUUGGAGAGCAUAAAGGAGGAAGUUGGUGCAAAAGAAGAAGGUGAUCAUGAGACAAGGGUGGGGGGAAAGGAGGAGGCCUUAGAUGUGUCAUCGUUCAGACAGAGAGCAGAGGCACUUGAAGGACUACUAGAAUUGUCUGCGGAUUUGCUUCAGCAUCACAAACUGGAAGAACUUGCAGUGGUGUUGAGACCAUUUGGGAAAGAUAACAAGGUAUCCCCAAGGGAGACGGCUAUAUGGUUGGCCAGAAGUUUGAAAGGAAUGAUGCAAUUUGAUCACGACUCCACAACUCGCACUUCAUAACUACUCAUAAGUCCGGUAUGUUUUCUUAUUCCAUUAUGCCUGCACAUUAAUUAUAAACAGUUAUUAAGUUUACAAAUAUAUUUGAGUGUUAAAAGGAAGUGGGAGGUGUCUUGGAAUAUUUAAUUAUUCUUUUUAAUUAUAUAUAUAUUCUGUUGUACAUAGUGUUACAUACAAUACAGAUUCAGUGAGAUCACUACUACUGAGUAAGCUUUCAUUAGCUAGUGAAUACACUUAUAUUACUAUAUACAGUUGUGAAUUGUGAUUAUUGAAUUGAUUAUUAUUAUUGUC